AUGUGGGACCCUUUAGAGGACAGAUUUGGACGGGCUCCAGGACCGUCUCAGACAGGCACCUGCGAUCCGGGAGAAGCCUGCAGAAGCCACGGAGUGAGGUCACCUUCCGGAGGCCGGGACCAGGGCGCCAGGGAAGGCAAGAGGAAGGUAGCGCGGAGUCCUGCGGGCGGCGACAGGGUGGAGACGAGCCGCCUGCUCCAUGUGGCCUCAAGUACCACUGGCCCGCCGCCCCCACGCCUCGCGGGGUCAGGAAGCGACAGCAGCAGCCCGGGCACAGAGCCCUGGCGCCAAAGGCUCCGCCCCGCCUCGUUUCUCCGGGGCUUCGCCCCUGACUCCGCCUCUCAUCAACCCGUUUUCCCAGGCCUCCGACCCGCCCAGACGUCUUCCGAUCCCGGCUCCCACCCCAUCUCCCCAGGCCGGGUCCCCGACCGUCCCGCGCAGUGCCUACAGCCCUGGGUCCUGACAGUCCAGCCAGGCCCGCCCCGCCCCGGGCCCCGCCCCUUCCCCGCCCCGGCCCCGCCCACCCCGCAGCUGCGGGCCCAGACCCUGACCUCGCCUGCCAGCUCCGCCCCGCCCGGCCCCCGCCCCGCCCCUUCCCCGCCCCGGCCCCGCCCACCCCGACGCUACCCUGACCUCGCCUGCCAGCUCCGCCCCGCCUCGCCAGGGCCCCGCCAGGGCCCCGCCCCCAGAUGCUGGCCCCGCCCCCGGAGACUGGCCCCGCCCCCAGAGGCUGGCUCGGCGGCCGCGCCACCGCUGGCUCAGACGCAGGAACCGCGGGGCUCGCGUCCCGGAGGCUCCCGGCGCUGA